GGCUGGGAAAAUGCUGCGGGCAGGUGCUGGUGUCGCUGUUCGGCUUGCCGCGUCGCCGUGUUUGGGGUCUUCCUCCGGGGCAGUUGCAUGCGGGAAGCGGGGCUAUACCUCUGGGCAGGAGAGCCUGAAGCAAACACCCCUCUAUGAUUUUCACCGGCACCAUGGCGGGAAGAUGGUGGCCUUUGCAGGCUGGAGCCUCCCAGUGCAGUAUACAAAGAGUCACCUGGAGUCCCACCUGCACACACGUCAGCAUUGCUCACUCUUUGAUGUGUCUCACAUGCUUCAGACAAAAGUGUUUGGCAAAGAUCGGGUGAAGUUCAUGGAAAGCCUUGUGGUCGGGGACAUUGCAGAGCUGAAGCCUAAUCAGGGCACCCUGUCUUUGUUCACAAAUGAAAAAGGAGGCAUCAUGGAUGAUUUGAUUGUGACCAGCACUUCGGAGGAGCACCUCUAUGUGGUUUCUAAUGCAGGCUGCAUGGACAAGGAUUUUGCCCUCAUGGAGAACAAAGCAAAGGAAAUGAAGGCAGCUGGCUGUGAUGUGAGCUUGGAGGUUUCUGAAAAUGCUUUGCUUGCUCUUCAAGGUCCUGCCAUGGCUCAGGUGCUGCAGGCCGGGGUGACAGACGAUCUGGCUAAGCUGCCCUUCAUGAGCAGUGUGAUGACAAGUGUGUUUGGAGUGCAAGGCUGCAGGGUGACCCGCUGUGGCUACACAGGCGAGGAUGGAGUGGAGAUUUCUGUCCCUGCAAGCAAAGCAGUGGAGCUGGCUGAGAUGCUGCUUAGAGACCCUGCUGUGUGGCUGGCUGGACUUGCUGCCCGAGAUAGUUUACGCUUGGAGGCAGGGCUGUGCCUUUAUGGGAAUGACAUUGAUGAGAAUACAACCCCUGUGGAAGCCAGUCUGACAUGGACACUUGGGAAACGCCGCCGUGCUGCCAUGGAUUUCCCUGGUGCAUCUGUCAUUCUUAGCCAAAUCAAAGAGAAACCCAAAAAGAAGCGUGUGGGGCUGACUUCUACAGGGCCUCCCAUCCGACAACAUAUGCACAUUUUCAGCCCAGAGGACAAGGCCAUUGGUGAGGUUACCAGUGGCUGCCCCUCUCCUUGCCUGCAGAAGAACAUUGCCAUGGGCUAUGUGGAGAGUGCAUACAGCAAACUGAGCACUGCCCUCACAGUAGAGGUGAGGAAGAAGAGCUGCCCAGGUGUUGUCACCAAGAUGCCCUUUGUACCCACCCAUUACUACACUGUGAAAUAAGCCAUGGCCUACACAGGCUUUCACUAUUAUAGCCAAUCUGUAUUCACAGAACGAACCCCAAUCAUUCCUUUAGGGUUCGUGCAGAAUUAUGGAAUUAAGACAAGCCAGCCACAGGAAGAAGAAAGCCAUCUCAGAUUGCUAGCAGAGGGGCAGCCUUAGCAUCUAAACCCAGGCAAAUGGACAGACAUGAGGAAGGCCGCUUCAGUUCCAUACCCCUUUGGGUUAAUAAGAACAUCAAAAAGACCCAGUAACUUGAGAUCUCUAGAUCCUCCACAUGUUCACUUCUGCAUGCUACUCUUGCAUUUGUCCCAAAUAUUAAAAAGCCCUUAUUGUCUUUCCUACUCUCCAUGUCCUCCUCCUUUUCUAGCAGUGAUCUAAUAUGUGCAUAGCUAAAAGUAGAGAGAAACUCUCUACCAU